AUGUCAGCUGCAGCUUCUUCUACUGGCAACUUGACUACUGGAAACGUCGUGGAAUCCCCGGUCCACCAGGGAACGCUUUUCUUGGGAAACAUGUAUGAUCUCAAUGAUGUAAAGAAGCCGAUUGCCUUUGUGUUACAAGAAUGGACUAAGACGUAUGGCGCAGUCUACGGUAUUCAAGAGGGACUGAGACGAACGUUAGUUGUAAGCGAUGUUGGAAUGAUUCGCGACUUAUUCAUGAAACAAUACGACUACUUUUACGGCCGUAAG